CCAGGCAUUAGGGUCACCACUAAGGCUUCCAGACGAUACUCAACACAUCGAAAAAGUGGUUGUUUACAGGUGUCAAACGUGACAUAGAAAGUGAUUGAGUAUUGGGAUUGUAACGAGAUAUACUUCGCUAACCAUCGCGUCCCUUAGCUUAUGUUUGGAGUAGGUUGUAGGGAUUGGACUGUAUAAUAGACAAGGAUGAAUCCCCAAAGCUAUUGAUUAUUGGUCUAAUCCUUGUAAGAGGAUCCAGGCUUCGAGCUUGGGAUUUAGUUUACUUACAGUCGGUUGUUAGUGACUGGGCAGUAUAAUUUGUGAUCGGUAGCAGUACUGUGUGUAGGCCUACUCUUCCCUCUAAGUUCUAGACAUUGUAUUAUUCUGUAGCCAUCAUUUUGCUGCUUUGAUCGUAUAUUUCACUUUAGUUCACUGUAGUUCUGUGCCUGAGAUAGUACCAUGUACGUGUCUUUUUGAGUGUGAUUUUUUCGAGUGUCAAACAUUAUUUAUAUACCUUCUUUUUCAUAAAACAGAGUGGUACAGUCGGUCUUCAUAUAAAUGAAGAGUUAAUUGGACUACAUGGUAAGCUAGUUCCAGUGUCUAAACACCUACUAAUCAGGAAGUCGUGACAAAUUCCUACUUAAUACUAUUCUAAUAUUCGUUCUUCGAAAGGGGUAUACAGCAGUAACAAAAGAAGUCAUUCAGCUUUACAGUCAUUUGUCCUACGAACCACCUCCUUUUUGUGUGUGGUGUUGUGCAGCGAUGUUAUUUCCCAAGACUCCAGAUGGGAAUUUUGUUGAGAAUACUUCCAACAAUUUAAGUUUAUCCAGUGAUUGGCAAAAUCAGUUAGAAAUUUUGAUUACUGUAGGGGAUGAUCUAUUUUCAAGAUUGGAUGAUUCGUCUCGAUAUAAACCACAUCUUCACAAGUACUUGAAUGAAGCCAGACGUGUUGUAAGUUUCUACUUGGGUGCUAUGUUGUUGUGCAUCAAUGGGAUUUUUAUUGUUGCUACAUAAGGGCACAUAUUUUGUCCGAAAUUCCAGGUAUUCUUAUUUUCGUUAUUAAAAUAAUUAUAGACAACGGCGUAGAAGAUUAACAGAUGUAUGUACAAAUGUUGUUAAAGUGUUUUUUUAUUAGUUAGGAGUUUCCGGACCCAAUUGUCGACCAACCGAUCUUGAGAACGCUUGACAAGCAUAGAUAUAUGUUUUGGAGUUUUAUUUUUAUAUCAUGUUCGCAAACUCAUUUGAUGAAAUUAUGCAUUUAUACUUGGAAUCGUUUUCAUCAACAAGUGACUAUACACCGUGUUUUACCAAAUUGAAUCAGUAUUUUCCUGCAUCAGAUCCAACUGAUAAAAUACAAGAUUUUCGAUUACGGUUUUUGAAACUGUUAGCAUCUGGUUGUAAAAUUAAUCGUUAUUUAAAUGAAAAAUGGUUUAUUGCUAAAUCGGAUAUUCUUAAAGAAUUACAAUAUUUGGCAUUUGAUAUUGUUGAACAAUUGCCUGAAGUAUUAUUGGACAAAGUUGGAUCAAAUGAAUGGGUGUAUAAUGAUGUGAUAUUAUUACGAUUUAACACACUUCUGGCUUUAAUUAUACGUCAACAGUUCUUUGGUAAAUCUACAUGCACAGAAGAAGAUAUAUUUGAAAUCAUGCAUACUUACAACUCUCAAUCAUGUCCAUCUCAGUUAAUUUAGAUGAAUGAAUUUCUUUUAUUCUGAUUACUUUUUUAUGAACAUCUAUAAAUUGUACUUAGUUUUAGCUAAAACUAUUCAACAUCACUUCUACGUUAGAUUAUUUAUAACAUAAAUAUCCUUGUAAAUCUUGAUUUGGUAUGAAAAUAAAACCUUUAAAACCGCUGUGACUAAA